UUUAGGUCGUUGACUUUUAAAAAGUCAUCAAUGUCAUGUUUUUGUGUGUCACUAUUGUGAAUUAAAAUGUCUGUAAAAGAAUUGAAUAAAGAAUCGCGAGUUACCUUUCUACCAGAACCAUCUUUUCAAGAAGAUCAUGAAGAAAUUAAAGAUGGAGAAGAAACCUCUGAACCGGAAACAGAAUCUGAAUCUAUACCUGAAGAAACUGUUGAAGAGCAAACACCAAUUCCUGAGGUGGUACCAUCUGAAAUUGAAAAAAGAUUGAACCUAUGAUACUAAUCGCUGAAGAAGAAGAAAAACAGAAGAAUAUGGGCAGAAAGUUGAAAGCACUGUGUUGAUUAUAACAGAAAGUAAGGUUAAGAAGGGUAAAGGUACCAAAACAGGAAAAGGUGCUUCAAAAAAAGGUAAACCCACGAAAGGUAAACCUAAAAAGGCAACACCAGCUUCAAAUGAAUUUGAAUUAGUUGGUAAAAGCAAUGAUGAACUGGUCAAAAUGUACUCCCAGAGUCUAGUACCUACAAAAUCAAGAUCCAAAACAAGAUCGAAGAAAUCCCUCCAACGUCUCACAAGUGAAGCUGAAGGUGAAGACACACAGGAAGACAAACCUUCAAAACCUCAAUCCUGGGAGACUAACCUAGAUCAAGACGCAGAAUCCCUGACAACCCAGGAUAUCACCCCAAAAGAAGAACAAAAGAAGCCAUUGAAGGAAAGUCUUCUCUACGAAGCAGUCAAGUGAAGAAACCUCCAUCAAAAAAUCCGUAGCUAAAUUUCAAUCAAAGGUUAUGAUACAUGUGGAGAGUACCGCAGAGGUACCUGAAGAUGCAGAACUAAACCCGUAGUAGACAAACCAAAACCAAAGAAAAAAGGGAAGAAGAAGAAAGACAAAGAUAAACCAGAUGAUGUGGUACAACUCGCCCCGGUGAAAAGCACCCCAAGAGAAUCUUUCAUCCAACAAGCUUUUAAUACCAUGUCUUCAACCAGUUACAAACAGCGUAUUGCUCGUAUGGGUAAAAGUGUUACUUCGGGAUCCAAAUCAAGAGUCUCUGCUGAACCGGAGUCCAGCAGUAGUUCUUCUUCAACAGCCAGUCAACCAAAAAGCAAGAGGAGGUCAGGCAGGUCUUCUUUUAAAAUCGGCCGAAAAAAGACUAAGUUUAAGCGCGAACCAAGAGAAUGGUCAACUGAAAUGCCUGGAGAAGAUGAUGAGAUUCUUCAAAAGAUCACAGACCCAUCAGUUACUAGCACUGGUAAUGUUAAUGUUGAACCUCCGAAAAAACUCCCAAAAAGAAGAAGAAAGUUAAAAAAGAACCUAAACCUAAGAAAGGAGCUAAAGCUGCAAAAGAUAAAGCUAAAGAAAAGUUCAAAACGGACGCACAAAUUGAAGAAGAAGCAAAAGCCAAGGCUGAAGAAGAAAGACUCAUCGCGCUGGUUGAUAAAAAGAAUGCGAUUGCAAAGGAAAAGAAGGAAAUUUUGGAAGCAUCCAUGCGUGAUGAGCAGUUGGAUAUGAUUACCACAGAGAUGGAACUCUGUGAGGCGGCUCUAGAUGAGGUUAUACAAGCCGCACAAGCAAAAGAAGAAUGGAGACAGUAUUUGGUCUGUGAUGGAUUACCAGCACCAUGGGACGUACCAGGGAUGAAUACUUAUAUUCACCUUUGGGAGAAGGAGGUUUAUACAGUGUCAUCGGAAAGGUGUAAGGAAAGGACCACAGAAGCUAUCAAUUUGUUGAAUCAACUUGAUGAUAUCCGUGAAGACCCUUUUGAUAAAUCCGAACGUAGACGCAGUGAUUGGGCUUGGGUGGCUUCCAGAUUCAGGGAGUUCCAAGCCCUUAAUUUGGAAUAUUGUACUUAUCGUCUCCUUAGAGAUAUCAAGAGUAAAAUGAAUCGGAUUGAUAUCCCUACAGCUGAUUUCCGUAUGCAGGAAGAGUUGUUUUCAUUGUGUUUAUGGGUUUCUAUCACUUUACCCACUCCCACUCCUAAUCCUCGGAGUGUGGCUAAACCUAGGAUUAAACUAACCUGGCCUGAGUUGUGUGUGGAUAUCAUGUUUCCACAGACUUUGAAAAGGGAAAUGGUUGCCAUCAGAGGGAUGUAUACUUAUUAUGACCACUUGACUGAUACUAGUGAGACCUUUAGAGCACCACCUUUGCCUCCAUAUUAUUUAAAAACGUUAAGUCAAGCAUGUCAAGAAGAAAUCUUUGGUAAAAUGAAGUAUAAGUAUGAUAAUCGUGUGAAACCCAAAAUGGAACCUGUUGAGGUUAUACAGGAUGAUGGUACAGUUGUGGUUAUGGAACCAGAAGUAGAACCUGAGUUAGAUGAAGAUGUUAUGGCUCCGCAUGUUCCAUAUCGUAAACUUGAUGUGUCUCCCAGUGUUUUUCAUUUGAACAAAAUGGAUAAUGAACUUAAGGAAUCUCUUCUUCAACUUGAACAUGAAAUACCUCCUGGUGUGCUCAACUUAAGAAAGUAUACUGUUAUCGGAGGAGUGUACUUUCUUGAUCUUUAUUAUCAACCACCACAACCUCAAGGAAUGGUCUCCUAUGAAGUUUUUAUAUCAACUUUAACUGAACCUUAUUCACUACAAACUGUACCCUAUGUGGUAAAGUAUGAUCCUCCACCUCCACAUGAGCCUGGGACAAGGAGAACUCCUGAAGAGAUUGAAGAAGAACUUCUUCAACAAGAAAAAGAGUUGGAUGAGUUGAUCUUGUUGGAAAUAACGUUACCUAAACAUGUUUAUUGGUUAGAACCACCAAUGGUCGUCCAAUGGGAUUACGAUUUAAAAGCGUGGACGCUCAAUAAUGUCUUUGAUUUUAAAAAUAUUGAAGAAAAAGGUUAUGUUACUUUUAGAACUGGGAUAUUUCGUCCUAUUGCUAUUGCAACCCUCAAAUGGUCUAACCUUCCUUAUCAAGCUUGGGAAAUACGUCCUGAAAAAGAUGGAACUGUAACAUUUCAAUUGAGCUGCGCCAUUUUGACGUUGGAAUUCCACGUACAACAGAAUACUAUCUGCGUGAAGGAUAUACAGAGUGCUCCAAAUGAUGCUUUUGAACCACAUUUAAAUGUCUACUAUAGUUUUUCUAAGCUAAGAAAGAUAAUGAGAUCAAUUGGAAUUGAUGUAUUUCCAUAUUUUGAUACAUUUCUCUACGUGGAAGGUACUUGUGAAAAGUAUUGGCCAAUGGAGAACCAUCUGUACUUUUGUAUGGCGUACUUAAGUGUUGUUUUCAAUAUGACUUGGUCAAGAUGGAAUAUGACUUUGGAUUACAGAGCGAUUGUGUUUCAAAUGAGAGCGUAUCGAUUUGAUCGUCCUAAACAGGCCAACUUUGAUACUGUUUUGGUGCGUGCGCAGAGUACAGCCUAUAUUGAAUGUACAGAGGUUAGUCAGGAGUUCUCAGACGUGCCUGUUGAAGGAAUGCGAUUUUUCGCUGACUUGUGGCAUUUGGUGCGGUCUACGUCGAUAAAGUCUCUGCGCAGUCGUAUUACGAGCGCUGAUAAGACUAUGGUGAAAACUUUGUAUCGAUUAUACAAAAAUGUGCGGUUUUUGAGUUUUUCAUAAAAGCAUUUAUCUUACCUAAA